GCCCGGAAGGGGCCAGUCGCGCUUCCGUCUCCGCCGGGGCUGCACGGAGGGCGGAGCUGCGGCCCGAGGACGCAACGCGAACCCAGUUCCGGCGAGGAGGCCGCGCCAGUGACAGCGAUGGCGGCGGAGUCGGCGCUCCAAGUUGUGGAGAAGCUGCAGGCGCGCCUGGCUGCGAACCCGGACCCCAAAAAGCUAUUGAAAUAUUUGAAGAAACUCUCCACCUUGCCUAUUACAGUAGAUAUCCUUGCGGAGACUGGGGUCGGGAAAACAGUAAAUAGCUUUCGAAAACAUGAGCAAGUCGGAAGCUUUGCCAGGGACCUAGUGGCCCAGUGGAAGAAGCUGGUUCCUGUGGAACGAAACAAUGAGGCUGAUGAACAGGACUUUGAGAAAAGCAAUUCCCGAAAGCGCCCUCGGGAUGCGGUUCAGCGGGAGGAGGAGAUGGAAGGGUACUACCAAGAAAACUGCAAGGCCUCGGGCAGCCGAUCCUAUAGUCCCGAGCACAGACAGAAGAAACACAGAAAACUCUCAGAAUGUGAACAACCUCACAAAGUGUCUCACAGUCAUGAGAGGAGAGAUGAGAGGAAGAGGUGUCACAGGGUGUCACCUACAUACUCAUCAGACCCCGAAUCUUCUGACUAUGGCCAUGUCCAGUCCCCUCCAUCCUGUGCGAGUCCUCAUCAGAUGUACACAGACCAUUACAGGUCACCAGAGGAGGACCAUGAGUCCAUUGUUUCACACCAGAAACCUGGAAAAGGCCACAGUAAUGCCUUUCAGGACAGACUGGGAGUUAGUCAAGAACGUCACCUGGGAGAACCCCAGGGAAAGGGGAUCUUGAACCAAAACAAGGAACACAGAUCUUGCCACAAGGAAAAACGCCCUAUAGAUGCCAAGGGUGAUGAUAAGGCCUCUGCUUUGGGCAGAGAGAAGCCACACAAGUCCCUCUCAAAAGAGGAGACCCGAAGGCCACUCCAAGGGGAUAGUGCCAAGGAGAGACCACCUUCUAGUGCUGCCAAGAAAGAGAAAGAAAGAGAAGGCAACAGCCUCAAAAGGAAGUUUUCACCCUCAGAGGUUGCUUCAGACAACCACCUUAAAAAGCCAAAGCACAAGGACUCUGCAAAAACCAAAUCAGACAAAAGCAAGCAACGCGUGGACAGCGCAGACAUAGGAAAAGGGGCUGGAGACCUGUUGCCCAGAACAAAAGAGAAGGUUUCUAACAAUAUAAAGGCUCAAGAAGGGAAAGUAAAGACUUCUAAUUUGGAUAGAAAGUCACUGGGCUCACUCCCUAAGGUAGAGGAGGCAGAUGUGGAGGAUGAAUUCGAGCAGCCCACCAUGUCAUUUGAAUCAUACCUCAGCUAUGAUCAGCCCCGGAAGAAAAAGAAGAAGAUUGUGAAAACUCCAGCCACGGCACUUGGAGACAAAGGACUUAAAAAAAGUGAUUCCAAAAGCACUAGUAAAAACUUAAACUCAGUUCAGAAAUUACCCAAGGUGAAUGAGAGCAGGUCAGAGAAGCUGCAGCUGGCUGGAGCCGACUCAACCAGGCUGAGAAAGGUCCCUACUGAUGCACUGCCAGUAUUGCCAGACCUCCCCUUACCCACCAUCCAGGGCAAUUACCGUCCACUUCCUUCCCUUGAAUUGAUGCCCUCCUUCCAGCCAAAGAGAAAAGCAUUCUCUUCACCCCAGGAAGAAGAAGAAGCUGGAUUCACUGGACGCAGAAUGAAUUCCAAGAUGCAGGUGUAUUCCGGUUCCAAGUGUGCCUAUCUCCCCAAAAUGAUGACCUUGUACCAGCAGUGCAUCCGUGUACUUAAAAACAACAUCGAUUCCAUCUUUGAAGUGGGAAGAGUCCCGUUUUCUAUUCUUGAACCUGUUUUGGAGAGGUGUACACCUGAUCAGCUAUAUCGCAUAGAGGAAUACAAUCACGUAUUAAUUGAAGACACAGAUCAAUUAUGGAAAGUUCAUUGUCACCGAGACUUUAAAGAAGAAAGACCAGAAGAGUAUGAGUCCUGGCGGGAGAUGUACCUGCGGCUUCAGGAUGCCCGAGAGCAGCGGCUACGAGUGCUAACAAAGAACAUCCAAUUUGCACAUGCCAAUAAGCCCAAAGGCCGGCGAGCAAAGAUGGCCUUUGUCAACUCUGUGGCCAAGCCACCUCGAGAUGUCCGCCGGAGGCAAGAGAAGUUUGGAACAGGAGGGGCAGCUGUCCCUGAGAAAGUCAAGAUUAAGCCAGCCCCGUAUACCACAGGAAGCAGCCACAUUCCUGCCAGCAGCAACAGCUUUAACCCUAGCUCUGAGGAGCCGGCCUAUGACGGCCCUAGCACCAGCAGUGCCCACUUGGUGCCAGUGGUCAGUAGUACCAUCUCCUAUGAUCCUAGGAAACCGGCUGUGAAGAAAAUCGCACCAAUGAUGGCCAAGACAAUUAAAGCUUUCAAGAACAGAUUCUCUCGACGAUAAACCAAGCACUUACUUUGGAGAUGGAAUUUGGGGGGCAAGAAUACAGGGACAAUGGGGGCUGGAGAGUGGGACUUCCAGAGGAGCCCAGAAGCUUACUUUGUGGAGCCUCUUGGCCUUGGAAUCCUGCAUGGUCGCAGGUGCUGCCCUGCACACCUACCUGUGCCCUGCCUGGAGCACACUUCAGAAUUCUGAAGAUGAUGUGAAGCCUCAGUCUCACUGAGGAUUUUAAGGUCAAUUAUACUUUUGUUGUUAAUUAGCAUCUUUGUAAACUAUAAGACAUAGUUUUAAUUAAUAAAUAUUGCCCCCAGAUUGUAUUUAUAUUACCCCCCAGAGUUUUUUGGUUUUGGUUUUGUCCUCUACCACACUUAGCUUUUCAUUUUCCAGGUCCUUUAUUAAAGUUAGAUGAAGCCAUUCCCUGUCCCAGGGCAGUGCUCCUGAGUGCUCCCUGGUCCAGAGGGAGCUGGGUGUCCCCAGAGCCUGUGUGAUGCUCACUGCACUGAGAGCCAGAGCCAGACCAUCACCCGGGGAGCCUCCUUGUGGGGAUGGCAGUGUUUAGGGGCUCCUCACACCGAGACCCUCCUCAGCGUUGCCCAGAGCCCUGUGCAGGCGCAUCCUCUCACCCGCUCCGUAGUGUUUAUUAAGGGAGGCUGUCUGUGAAGUCUAGAGUCCUCGCCUGUCUUCUUCGCAAGUUCUUUUUGUUGGUUUUGCCUGUUAGGCUCACUAGAGGACCGGAACCUUGAGAGGAAUUUGCACAGACUCUCAGCAAUUUAAUAUUCCACUUUUUGAUUCCCAUUUUAGGUGGUUUCUUUCUUCCUCCUCUGCCUUCUCCCCAUCAGCUUGGGGAUAAAACACAGAUGUGGCAGGGCUCUUUAUAGCCAGAAUACAACUUUGGAGUAAGCCAGCACUUUAAUCUCCUGUUCCCUGUGAAUUGCUACUAGAAGCAAUUGGUUUUUAAAGUUGUAAUGCUCUGUUGAAAGUUGCUUUUGUUUUUCCUUUUUCUUUGAAAGUAAGAUCAUGUAACUGCAAGAGCACAACAAUUUGCUCGUCUGGUAGAGAACUGCAGCCCUCUACCUCUUGGGUUGUGUCCUCCACAUCAGGAGGGCAGGGCCGCCUGGGGAGUGGGGAGCCUCAGGACAUCCAUCAUGUUCAGGAAGGGAGGCUUUUGCUGACCAUUUGACUUAGGAGCAAAAUCAGGGCCAGGAGGGCAGUGUCAGCUCUUUCCUGGCUGUUGAAGGACACAGGUAGUAGGAAUUGCUUGUUUUGACCCAGGUGGAUGUAGAUGUGAAUUUUAAGAUGCGCACAUUCAAGAAGCCUGCAAAGCAAACUGAGCGGGUUGGUGGUUAGUGUGACAGCCUGCUGAGCGUGGCCAUCAGUCCCUCCAACAAGCUCUCCGAAAGCACAGAAUACAGAGGCCACUGUUUUAACCCCCCUGGACACCCCCAUCGGGCUACCUUGGAGAUUCCAGGGCCGUGCAGGAAACCUGCUCAGCAGAAGUUCUGCAUCCUCCAGUGUGCAUUGCUGUGUUUUAAUUUGCUGUAUUUCUGAAUUGGGUAAAUUUCUUUCCCUUGAUUGCUUAUUUUCACCAGUACACCCCUAUUUUCUAGCCUGAUUCCCAAAUCUAAUAUUAGAAAGUCUUUUACCUGAAACCAAGUGAACACUUGGUUCACUUGCCAGGCACCUGCUACCUAGCUAGCUUCCUGUAAGUGUGCACCAUCUGAAUUUGUCUCUUAUUGGUGUCUCCAAGUCUUUGUCAUUGAACCAGUUUUGCAUAUUUCAGUUGAGUAUGAAUUCCUCUCAUUAGGAGUCUGUAGGCAGGAAAGGACACAAAUUUGUUCAUUCCAAUGUCAGUAUCCGCUUCUGGCACAUAAGAUUUCUUGUUUGUGUAAAGCCAGGUCUUCCUCCAUCCCCCUCUGAGUGUCUGCAUCAGGGAUGUGACUUGGUGAGAAGAGGACACACUGAACUUCUAGAUGACCCCCUCACCCAGCUUACCGAAAUGGCUGCAGAGCAGACGCAAAAUGACGUUGAACCUUUGGUCUCAUUUGUGAAAACUUGUGCAAUUUUUUUCUGUUCUACACUACACAUGAAUCACCUGAUUACAGAUUAGUCCUUUGUGAUCCCUGGUGUGAUGAGCAGGGUCUCUGAGGCUUUUUCUUUCUUGGAAGUGGGAGGGGAAGGAGCAAGGUGUAAUCCUGCUCUUCAUUUGUAUUUUGGUCCCAAAAUGUAAAUACAAUUUUCUAUGUUACUUUUUUGUGGUAACUACCAAGAUGAAUAUUUUAAUUAGAUAAGUUAUACAAAAAGGAAAAUCCCACAUCUAAAUAAAAAACAAAAAAAUUCUG